AUGCCGCACACUCAAGAAGGAACUGCACCAGCAGCAGCAGCAGCAGCACCAGCAGCAGCAGCAGCAGCAGCAGACCCUUCCCUCGAAGCACUAGGUGCAGCAGCAGCACCGGGCGCGCUGCUGGCUGGGUCUGCAGCAGCACAAACCGCAGCAGCAGCAGCGGCGCCAGCAGCAGCAGCAACAGUACCAGCACCAGAAAGCCUAGUACUUUUGCCUGCAGCAGCACCAGCAGCAGCACCAGCAGCAGCACCAGCAGCAGCAACCGCAGCGCCACUAGCAGCAGCAGCCCUAUCGGACCCAGCGCAAGGGUCGUUGCUGCCAGGGACAGCAGCAGCAGCAGCAGCACCAGCAGCAGCACUUCCGCUAAUGCCUGCAGCAGCACCAGCAGCAGCAUCGCCGUUAACAUUACCAGCAGCAGCAGCUCCUGGAGCAGAAACAGCAGCAGGGACAGCAGCAGCACCAUUAGCCGCAGCGCCACAAGCAGCAGCACCACUAGCAGCACCUGCUGCAGCAGCAGCAGCAGAACCAGCUGCCCCGCUAGCUGCUUCAGCACCAGCAGCAAGAACAGCAGCAGCACCAGGAGCAGCAGCUGCUGUCCUUCUCGCUGCUGCACCAACAGCAGCAGCACCGCUAGCAGCAGCAGUGCCGCUAGCAACAACAGCAGCACCGACAGCAGCAGCGCCGCUAGCAGCAGCACCAGCAGCACCAGCAGCAGCAGCGCCGCUAGCAGCAGCAGCACCAGCAGCAACAGGAGCAGCGCCAGCAGCACCAACAGCAGCGGCACCGCCAGCAACAACAACAGCACCGCUAGCAGCAGCACCCCUAGCUGCAGCAGCAGCACCAGCAGCAGCAGCAGCACCAGCAGCAGCAACAGCACCGGAAGCAACGACAGCCCCAGCAGCAGCAAAAGCUCCUUCAGCUUCUGCACACGAAGUUGCUGAGAGGAUGAGAGUGCUGGAGCUGCUGUCAGGUACUGCUGCUGCUGGUUCUGCUGCUGCUGGUGAUGCUGCUGCUGCUGCUGCUCCGCUUAGCGGCAGCGCAGCAGCGCAGCCAGCAGCUGCAGUUGGGGCCGGGGAGGGCGCGGAGGAAGCAGCAGCAGCAGCAGCAGCAGCGGCAGCAGCAGCAGCAGCAGCAGCAGACGGCGCAGGUGUGGGCCCGCUCGCUGCUGCAGCAGAAGAGGCUCCUGCUGCAGCAAAAGACGCUAAAGGAGACUCCCCAGGGGACUUGAAGACCUGCUUCAACCGCUGCAGCUGCACUCCUGUCAUAAUUGUGUCUUCGCUGCUUUUCGCAAUUUGCUGCUUUACUGUUUUCGUCGCCACUGUCCUCAUGGGCACUCUUUUCUCCAAAGGUUUCGCUUCCUCUGCGUUCUUCCACGGCGGCGGCUACGCGCUUUUGGCUGCUUCGGUUGUGGGUAAGUGCUGCAGCAGUCCCUAG